CAACUCAGUCCAUACCCUGCAGACUAUAAGAGGCCUCAACCUGUUCGUCCUCCUCCCAGACCGCCAACGAGCAAACACCUGACCUCCAGUAAACCCACAGCAGCAGUCGAGGGAGGGAGUCGCUGUGUGAAUUUAAACACUGAGCCAGCUGUGAAGAUCUACACUGAUCAGAGUCAGCAAUCCAGACAAAAUACAGUACAGUACAGUACAGACAAACCUGCAGUCCCUCCUCGACACCGGCGGCCCUCCCUUCCACGCUCUGCCUCAGAGUAUGAAAUCUCGCCUUCACAGACCAAACCACCACCACCUCCAUUCAAACCACCACCCCCUCCUUCAAUAUGGACACCAUCAGAGUCGUUGUACAGUGAAAUAGACUAUCGUCCCUACUUAUCCAUUCUGCCAGAGGAUGGAGAUAGUAUGUCACUAGGGAGGUCAACACUUACUUCCGGACACCAGAGUGACUGCUUCUCUUCUCAUCAACAGACCAAACCGGACGACAUCAAUGGCAUGCUGAGAUGGUUGAAAAGAGUGUCAAAAUCGGAUUUCAUGGCUCCGUCACUGUAUGGCCUCAGUAUAGAAGAAGAAAUCAGAUCAUUUAAUGACAGAGCGAUGACUGUGAGAAAGGCCCUGCGUCUCUACAACUUCCUCAUGAUGAAACGCAAUAAAAGACUGCGGGACAUCAUCGCAGAGUUUACCUCCAUCUACCAAAGCCUGGACAAGAUGGAAAAGGAUAACAAAACUAUGGGCAUUGCUGGAGGGACCACAGGUGCUGUGGGAGGGGUGACUGCAAUUCUGGGCAUUGCCUUGGCCCCCGUGACCAUGGGAACAUCGCUGAUUGCUACUGCUGUUGGUGCUGGUAUGGUGGCGUCCGCUGGGGGCAUGGGCGUCCACGCUGCUAAGGCCAACAAGAAAAAGCUUGUGAAUAAGAUGUCAGUUGAGAAACUAGUGUACGAAUAUAAGGAUAAUAUUGUUGACCUGGAACAAUGUCUGGAAUUUAUCCUCUCUGGGAUGACUGAGCUCCGAAGGCACGACAUUGCCAGGUUACAGAGGGCAGGAGCUCAUCAAGAUGCACUGACGAUGGCACAACUGUCCAAGUCUGUGACUGACGAUGAAAGGAAGGGUUCGGUUUCACACACAGGUGUAAUGUCAUCUGAGAGACUGCUUCAGGCUUUUGUUAAGGAAAUGGAUCAGUAUUUCAAAGAAAAGCAGGGUCAGAAGCUGAAGAAGUCGAGUAAGAUUAGGUUUGCAGGCAGAGUUCGCCUGCUGGCUGAAAAUCUGCAGGAUGACCUUGAUCACCUGAAUCAUAUGUGGGAAAAGUUUACUUGAAGUAAAGAACUUGUCGUUGGUUCAUGUCCCAGAGUGUGUGUGAGAUAUGUUUUGAAAGGUUUUUGUUGGUGCAACUGGAGAAUAAAUGCCUUAGUAUCCACUUUUAAUAAGCAUUUUAUAUUUCUAAAACCUGAUUUGUGUAAUUUACUAAAGCCAGUAUUCAGGUAGUUCAAGAUUGUAGUACCACUUAUGAUUGUGAUGAAUAAAAUGUACUGUAUUAAUGUAAAACCUUGCUUUAAUUUAGCCUAGUAACAGUUACUACUUUUUAGGAUGACAACAGACUAGACAAGGAAUGUGGCACAUAAACACUGGCGGAGUGAUAAUGUCGGCACUG